AUGAAGGUCGAUCACAAACUUCCUACUGUAGAUCACAUAGAUCCAUUCAUAUCCGCUGAGAUUCCUGAUAAAAAUGAAGAUCCGGAACUUUAUUCCUUGGUAAGUGAUUAUAUGAUUCACGGUCCAUGUGGAAAUGCUAAUUUGAAUUGUCCUUGCAUGGUUGAUAAAAGAUGUUCAAAAAACUUUCCAAAGAAAUUUUCACCACAUACAACUGUUGAUUCAAGUGGUUUCCCUGUAUACCGAAGACGAGAUUCCGGCCACAUAGUUAUAAAAUCUGGUGAUAGAUUGGACAACAGAAGCGUUGUUCCAUAUAACAAAAGGCUUCUAAAAAGAUAUCAAGCACACAUCAAUGUACAAUGGUGUAAUCAAUCCGGUUCAGUUAAAUAUUUGUUCAAGUACAUUAAUAAAGGCCCUGAUAUGGCUACUGCGGUUGUUUCUGGUGUUUCAAAUCCAAGCAUUAAGGAUAAGCCAAGAGAUGAGAUCAAGGAAUAUUAUGAUUGUAGAUAUAUUUCAGCUUGUGAGGCAUCAUGGAGAAUAUUCUCAAACGAGGUUCAUUAUAGGUAUCCUGCAGUUAUGAGGCUUCCCUUUCAUAUGCCGGGUCAACAGAAUGUUGUGUAUGGUGCGGAUGACGAUAUUGAUAAUGUGUUAAGCAAGCCUUCUGUUGCUUCUUCAAUAUUUGUUGAAUGGAUGAAAUUAAACGAGUCAAAUGAAGAUGCUAGAAAGUUGACUUAUGCCGAGUUUCCUUCCAAAUUUGUUUGGAAACCUCAAGAUAGAUCUUGGCAGGUACGUAAGACGUACCAAACUGUUGGCCGUAUACAUUCUGUGUCUCCUGCAUUAGGCGAACCUUAUUUUUUGAGGAUACUUCUGAAUAAAGUUAGAGGUCCCAGAUCCUUUGAGGAAAUACGUACUGUUAACGGUCAGUUAUUCCCGACUUUUAGAGAUGCUUGCUACGCAAUGGGGCUCUUAGAUAAUGACAAUGAAUACGUUGAGGCCAUUAAAGAAGCAAGUUUUGAAGGACAUGCUGGGUAUCUCCGAGCGUUAUUUGCUACCUUGCUGUUGUCAAAUACACUUUCACGGCCAGAGUUUGUGUGGGAGAACACAUGGAAAUACUUAGCAGAUGAUAUUUUAUACAGACGUCAAAAAGAAACAAAUGUUCAAGGUUUAGUUCUUCCUGAACAUCAAAUUAAAAACCUUACUUUGUUGGAAAUUGAAAAAUAUUUACUUUCGAAUGGUUCGUCGUUACGAGGAUUUAACACGAUGCCUUUCCCUGAUGAUGAUUCGUUACGUGAUGCUACUAAUCGUCUAAUCAAUGAAGAGCUAUCACAUGACGUAGAUGAAGAACAAGCUAAGUUUAAUAAUUUGCAUCAAUGUCUGACAGAUGAACAACGAUCUGUUUUUGACGAAAUAAUGGCAGCAGUUGCGAGCCGUAAAGGAGGGUUAUUUUUCGUCUAUGGUUACGGUGGAACUGGAAAAACGUUUUUAUGGAAGACUCUGUCUUCAGCAGUUCGAUGUAGAGGUGAAAUAGUUUUAAAUGUUGCUUCAAGUGGUAUUGCUUCGUUAUUACUUUCUCGUGGAAGGAUAGCCCAUUCUCGCUUCCAUAUCCCAAUUAAUCUCACUGAAGAUUUCAUGUGUCAUAUUAAGCCAAAUAGUGAUAUCGCGAAAUUAUUAAAGGAAACUCAAUUGAUCAUAUGGGACGAAGCACCGAUGGUCCAUAAACAUGCCUUUGAAGCUUUAGAUAGGACGAUGUCUGACGUAUUUUCUGACGGUAGGAGUAUUCGUUCUGAUGUUCCGUUUGGAGGGAAAGUUUUUGUAUUCGGCGGUGACUUUAGACAAAUCCUACCAGUUAUUCCUAAUGGUACUAGACAACAAAUAGUUUGUGCUUCUUUAAGCUCUUCAUAUAUAUGGUCAAAGUGCAAACUGUUAAGGUUGACUAAAAACAUGCGCCUAACAAUUGGAGCUGAAAGUUCUGAUAUGGACUCUAUUAGGGAUUUUGCGAAAUGGCUGCUUGAUAUUGGUGAAGGUAAGUUGGGAGAUGAUAACGAUGGUGAAGCAAUUAUUCAGAUACAAGAUGAUCUAUUAAUCACUGAUAAUUCUGAUCCAAUACAAAGCUUAAUUGACUUCGUCUACCCUUCAAUUAUGGAACAAUUUCGGAAUCCUGGUUUUUUUUCUGAGCGAGCAAUUCUAGCACCAAAAAAUGACGUAGUUCAUGAAAUUAACGAUCGAUUGCUUUCGUUAUUUCCAGGUGAUGCUAAAGAGUAUUUGAGUUCCGAUAGCAUAUGUCACACUGAACAAAUGCUUGAUUCAUUCCAAGAAGGUUUAUACUCAACAGAGAACUUGAAUGCUCUUAAGAUUUCUUGCUUGCCUAAUCAUAGAUUAGUUCUUAAAGUUGGUGUUCCUGUCAUGCUUCUUCGAAACAUCGAUCAACAAAAAGGUUUAUGUAACGGUACAAGGCUAAAAAUUACUUUUCUAGGCAAACGGGUAAUAGAAGCUGAAGUAAUAUCUGGCGGUAAUAUCGGCACAAGAGUUUUUAUUCCAAGACUUAAUAUGAUUCCGUCCGACAAAAAAAUACCAUUCAAAUUCCAACGAAGACAAUUUCCUUUAUCAGUUUGUUUUGCCAUGACAAUUAACAAGAGUCAAGGACAAUCCUUAUCAAAAGUUGGUCUGUAUUUGAAAGAUCAUGUGUUCACUCAUGGUCAAUUGUACAUUGCAUUAUCAAGGGUCAAGACCAGAGAAGGAGUUAAAAUAUUGAUAUUCGAUGCCAAUGGAAAACCAACAAAUAAGACGUCUAAUGUCGUCUAUAAAGAAGUCUUUGGUAGCUUAUAA